GGCCUCGCACCUUUGCCACUCAGCGGUUACGCGCCAAAGACAUACCUCAAAGACACGCAUCGAUCCCAUCGAUCCGGCACCCGGCGUUGAAGCGCCUGCCACCCGGCCAGGAGCCUGCCACAGGAGGAUGCUGCGGAGAGGACGCUCCCGCACCGCGCUCGCAGCCGCCGCGGCGUUGCUGCCGCUCACCGGAGCCGUCGAGGUCACGGCAGCGCUGGCGCUGCUCCCACUCGCGACAGCCUUCGAAGUAACAGAAGUCAAAGUCCUCGCGUCCCAGCUCCUCCCCGUCGGCUACAAUCUGAGGGACGGCCAGACCCUCAGCGAGCUGUCGGCCUGCCGCUUCGUCGAUACAGAUACGGCGCUCUUCGUCGACGACAAGGGUGCAUUGGUAGAGGCCGACGUUGUACUAGACCCGUUCGAGAUUAAUCCAAUACGGAGGACCGCGCUGCAGCCUUCUGCGGACUCCGAGGGCAUCGCGAUCGAAAGGGACGGCACCGUGCUCGUCUCCACGGAGGCGCACCAGCACAAAGGAAGUGAGCUAAGCGUGAUUGAAGUGGAUCCGAUCACGGGGAGCGUUCUGGGCGCGCCCUUCGCGCCGCCGCAAGAUGCAAUAACAAGGGUCCUCGACAACAAGGGCUUCGAGGCCCUGACGCUCGCUUCUGGUAGAGCUUUGGGCCUCGACGACCAGACUUACGUGGCGACGACGCCGGAGUACGCGCUUAAUGGUGAUGAUGAGACACACCACGACGUCUACGCGUGGUCACUCGAUGAAGGGUCGCUCACGAACCCGCCGCUCCCGUCUUCUACAAUCAGCUACACCGCGUCGGUGCUCGACGGCACGCCUCUGGGAGUCGUCGAGUUCGAGGCCCUCGCCGCGUCGUUGUUGGUGCUGGAACGGACCUUUCAGACGACGAAUACCAUCAGACUGUACGAGGCUGCUGUAUCAGACGGUGUCUUCGACAAAAAACUGUUAAUAGAGUGGGAUGUGAAUGGCAUGAGGACCGGUGACGGGAAGACGAUCAGUUCUUUAGCGGUGGACAACUACGAGGGCAUGUGCCUCUGCCCCGACAUUCAUGGUAGCGAGAGGCGGCUUAUACUCGUCAACGACGACAAUGAUAAUAUGGACCAAAUCGGGACGCAGUUCGUGCUGCUGGCGCUGGCCACCGGUUCAGACACGGUCAUAGAUAGUAACCGGGGCUACGCGUCGUUCCGCCUCUUCCUGAUCGUGGUGGCGAUUGGAAGUUCAAUAGCGGUCUGCUGCGCGGGCAUCCGGUAUGAAGUAAGGCGGCGCAAGACGCCGCACAUCUCGGGCGACCCGGGCGUCAUGCUCUCGAAUUUGCGAUUUGACGCCGAUUUGGUGAUUCCGCCGCGGUUGACCGUGCCGGCGCGGUCGAUGGCUCGCGUUCCCAAAAAGAAGGGCUACGAGAAGAUCGGCCGCCAGGAGUCGGGGGAGAGGGAGCCGGCGAUGGUGUAGUACGCCAGUGUUGUGUAAGUUAUACAGUGUG